GUUGUAUCUCACCGGCUGUCUGUCCGUCCCCGGGCCACGAGCAGUGACAGCUAGAGUGCCAUCGGAUCGCAGUAAACAAGCAUCGACUUUGGGACGGCAAAGCUACCUACGCGAGGACUCGCUCGCACCACCAGCACCAACACCGACCAUGGCGGACCAACCUCAUAGCAUCUUCUCCCACAGCAGCAGCAGCAGCGGCAGCAACAACAGCAGCAACAGCGGCAACAGGGGCAAAAAGGCGGCGGUCUUGGGACACGCAGACCGCCGUCCCAACGCGCAUGCCGAGCCUGACGGGAGGCCGACGAGCAGCAGUGAGGACCCUGCAGACGCCCUAUCCCAGUCGGGGCCAGCGCGGCGGGCGGCGGCGGGCCUCGAGGCCAAUCAGGCCCAAGCGCGACGGCUGCCCCGCCAUGGAACCCGACCCCUCACUCUGUGCUUUUUCACCGUACUUUGGCUGCUGUUCGUCUGCCUUUUUUUCCUCCCCUGGCAGUUGAACGACCGUCCCGGCUGGAGUUUUUCUCGAAGUGUCCAACACGAUCUCCACAAUUACAAGGAAGUUUUGAAGACCAUCGUCUCGCCUGCUUCCUCUCCUCCUCCCACUCUCGAUCUCGGAUCACUACCCAUUCCCACGUCUCAACCCAUUUCAGCCGACCCCCAACCCGAAGCCAAGAUGUCUACCGAGCAGACCUUCAUUGCUAUCAAGCCUGAUGGCGUCCAGCGUGGCCUUGUUGGCCCCAUCAUCAGCCGCUUCGAGAACCGAGGCUACAAGCUGGUUGCCCUCAAGCUCGUCUCCCCCAGCAAGGAGCACCUCGAGACUCACUACGCUGACCUCAAGGAGAAGCCCUUCUUCCCCGGCUUGGUUCAGUACAUGCUGAGCGGCCCCAUCUGCGCCAUGGUCUGGGAGGGCCGUGAUGCCGUCAAGACUGGCCGUACUCUCCUCGGUGCCACCAACCCCCUUGCUUCUGCCCCUGGCACCAUCCGUGGUGACUUCGCCAUCGAUGUCGGCCGCAACGUCUGCCACGGUUCCGACAGCGUCGAGAACGCCAAGAAGGAGAUCGCUCUCUGGUUCAAGGAGGGUGAGGUCCUCAGCUACCAGAGCCACAGCGCUGCCUGGAUCUACGAGAAGCCGUAA